GGGCACCACUGAAGUGAUUAGGAGCCUGGAUCCAACCAUCACAGCCUGGAGCACAGAAGCCACACCAAACAAUAGAAGUUAUGAAAGCCUUCCUCCAAUUUGUGAUGGGAAUAAUCUGAUUACUACAGUGUUGAUCUGCAUUAUUUUUCCACUUGGGCUGUCAGGAAAUGCAUCUGUGAUCUGGUUCUUGAGUUUUCAAAUGCACAGAAAUCCCUUUUACACAUACAUCCUAAAUCUGGCUGUUGCUGACUUCCUCUUUCUCUGCUUGCAUACCACUUUUUUACAUUUAGCAGUCAUCAGAGUAUUCCAUCACUACACCACUCUGUUUGGCAUCCUAAGAACCGUGACAAUAUUUUUCUACAUUGCAGACAUGAACAUGAUCGCUGCUAUUAGCACUGAGCGUUGCCUGUCAGUCCUCUGUCCUAUUUGGUACCACUGUCAUCGCCCAAGGCACACAUCAGCUGUCAUAUGUGUCCUGCUCUGGACCCUGUCCAUGAUUCUGAGCAUCCUAGAAGCAGUUGUUUGUAUAUAUUUUGAUAUAACUGUACGUCAUCUUUGUAAAAAUGUUCAACUUACUUUAGCUGCAUGGCUGGUUCUUUUAUUUGUGGUUCUAUCAGGGUCCAGCCUGGCCCUGCUGGGUAGGAUGUUCUGUGGAUCCCAGAAGAAGCCUCUGACCAGGCUGUAUGUUACCAUCCUGCUCACAGUGUUGGUUUUCCUCCUCUGUGGUCUGCCCUUCGGUGUCUCUGUGUUCCUGUUAUGGUGGAUGAAGAUUGACUUCCAGGCACUUUUUUGCCUUUGUCUGGUUUCAACUGUUUUGUCCUAUGUUAACAGCUCUGCCAACCCCAUCAUUUACUUCUUCGUUGGCUCCUUUAGGCAGGGGUUGUGGGGGCAGAACCUGAAGCUAGUACUUGAGCGGGCUCUGCAGGACACUCCUGGGAAGGAUGAAAGUGGAGGCAACCUUCCUCAGGGAACCCUGGAGAUGUCAAGCAGCAGAGUGGAGCAGGGAUGA